AAGAAAUCUGGUCUCUGAACCCGCUAUCCUCCUCGCAGCUCCCAGUAACCGCUAACAUCCCUAACCCGCAUCUGAGCCCUAGGGGGCUCUGCUCGGAAACCGUCCUGGCCCAACUAGAUCCUCUGAGAUCUCGAAGAUUACCGCAUCUUUCUUCCUAGCGCAGACAAGUGAGCCCGGAAAGGGAAGGAGGGGGCGGGGACACCCCCUAAAAUAAAUAAAUAAACUCGUUCCUCGCUGCAGCUGGACACGGUCGGUUGAGUCCAGGUUGGGUCGGACCUGAACCCCUAAAAGCGGAACCGCCUCCCGCCCUCGCGCCAGCGGCCGGCCUGGAGCAGAGUCGCCCGCGGCUGUGGCGGCAGAAGGACUCGGGAGUUUCCUCUGGCACUGGAUGGAUCUGAACUUUGGGCAGCCAGAGCAGCAGGGCCGUCUGGGGAUCGCUGCAUGCUGAGCUCCCUCUGCGAGACCCAGCAGACGCUCGGGAUUUUUUGGGGAGGUGGACACCAGCUGCGCGCCGGCACCAUGUUCCUGGUGACUCUGUACUUCGUGCUGCCGCUUCUGGACGUGCUCCUGUCGGCGGAGGUGAGCGGCGGGGACCGCCUGGACUGCGUGAAAGCCAGCGAUCAGUGCCUGAAGGAGCAGAGCUGCAGCACCAAGUACCGCACGCUGAGGCAGUGCGUGGCGGGCAAGGAGACCAACUUCAGCCUGACAUCCGGCCUGGAGGCCAAGGACGAGUGCCGCAGCGCCAUGGAGGCCCUCAAACAGAAGUCCCUCUACAACUGCCGCUGCAAGCGGGGUAUGAAGAAAGAGAAGAACUGCCUGCGCAUCUACUGGAGCAUGUACCAGAGCCUGCAGGGAAAUGAUCUGCUGGAAGAUUCACCAUAUGAACCAGUUAACAGCAGAUUGUCUGAUAUAUUCCGGGUGGUCCCCUUCAUACCAGAUGUGUUUCAGCAAGUGGAGCACAUCCCCAAAGGGAACAACUGCCUGGACGCCGCCAAGGCCUGCAACCUGGACGACACGUGCAAGAAGUACAGGUCCGCGUACAUCACCCCGUGUACCACCAGCAUGUCCAACGAGGUCUGCAACCGGCGCAAAUGCCACAAGGCCCUGCGGCAGUUCUUCGACAAGGUGCCGGCCAAGCACAGCUACGGAAUGCUGUUCUGCUCCUGCCGGGACAUCGCCUGCACCGAGCGGCGGCGCCAGACCAUCGUGCCCGUGUGCUCCUACGAGGAGAGGGAGAAGCCCAACUGCCUGAGUUUGCAGGACUCCUGCAAGACAAAUUACAUCUGCAGAUCGCGCCUCGCUGACUUUUUUACCAACUGCCAGCCGGAGUCCAGGUCGGUCAGCAGCUGUCUGAAGGAAAACUACGCAGACUGCCUCCUCGCCUACUCGGGGCUCAUUGGUACAGUCAUGACCCCCAACUACAUAGACUCCAGUAGCCUCAGCGUGGCCCCGUGGUGUGACUGCAGCAACAGUGGCAACGACCUGGAAGAGUGCUUGAAGUUUCUGAAUUUCUUCAAGGACAAUACCUGUCUUAAAAACGCGAUUCAAGCUUUUGGCAAUGGCUCUGAUGUCACUGUCUGGCAGCCAGCCCUCCCAGUUCAGACCACCGCUGCCACCACCACCACAGCCUUCCGGGUCAAGAAUCAGCCCCUGGGGCCAGCAGGGUCCGAGAAUGAGAUCCCCACUCAUGUUUUACCACCUUGUGCAAAUUUACAGGCACAGAAGCUGAAAUCCAACGUGUCGGGCAACACACACCUCUGUCUGUCUGAUCACGAUUACAAAAAGGAUGGUCUCGCCGGUGCUUCUAGCCACAUAACCACAAAAUCAAUGGCUGCUCCUCCAAGCUGCGGUCUGAGUCCACGGCUGGUUCUGGUGGUAACCGCCCUGUCCACCCUGUUAUCUUUGUGUUUGGCAGAAACAUUGUAGCUGCAUUUCAAAAACAUGGACAUGUAAAAAGACAAACAACAAAA